AUGAGCUUCUACCGCACCGCCCAGGAGAUCCGCGUCGAAGGCUGGACUCUGUUCGCCGUUGUCGAACAGGAGGACGGCCGCUGGGACGAAUCUGCUUACGAUCUCAACCGUUGCAUCGGAAACGACAACGGCCGUUUCCAAUGGGGCGGUGAGAACUUCGCCGAGACCGCUGAGGAGAUUCGCUUCGCUAUCGAGGGAGUCGACAAUGUCCCCGUUCUGAGAGCUCUUCUCAGAGACGUCGAUGGCGAGCUCCACGAAGCCGAUGUCAACCUGGCCGAACACAUCACCAACCGCAACGGUGUCCUGGAGUACCAGGAGGAGAGUCUCCUCUAA